ACCAUUCAUUUCUUCUCUCUCUCACUGAGUCAACUCGUCUCUCUCUUUUCCGUUUCUUCUCUGUAAAAAAAAACGCCGAUUCGUCGAGAAAGUUAACCUCAGAUCGAUCACUGAACCAGACUUCGAUAUCAUUCAAAUUGAUUGAAAGAGUCUCUGCCAUGAAUGGGAACGACGGAGGAUCAGUUCCGAUCGAGGAAUGUAACGCGAGCGUGGUUUACAUGUCCGGCUACUUACCGGGAGCCUCGCCGGAAAAGUCUCCGAUUCUCUCUCCUGUCCCCGUGCGGUUACCGGCGACUGUUCACGGCGGAGGUUCGUGGAAAGACGUGUGUGGCGGCGGUUGUGGGUUCGCUAUGGCUAUCUCAGAGAAUGGGAAGCUUAUAACUUGGGGGUCUUCUGAUGAUGAAGGACAGAGCUAUGUGGCUUCUGGAAAGCAUGGGGAAACUCCAGAGCCGUUUCCACUUCCCACCGAGUCUCCAGUCUUACAGGCUUCUGCAGGAUGGGCACAUUGUGCCGUUGUAACAGAGGCUGGUGAAGCGUUUACUUGGGGAUGGAAAGAGUGCAUUCCAUCAAAGGAUGCUGGUGGGAAGCAGCAAAGUGGUCUGAGUGAGCAAGGUGAGUUCCGUUGGGAUUAUUUAGUGCUUUGUUUAUAUCUCAUUGCUGUCAUAGUGAGUCCAGUAUUGUCACAAGGUACAACUGCAUCCAGCGGUCAGAAUGAGAAUCGAAAGGUGGGAGAGGAACCAGUGAAGCGGAGACGGGUUUCAACCGCCAAAGAAGAAACGGAAGGCCUCACAUCUGGAGAAGAUUACUUUGCAACAACACCUUCGCUUGUGAGUGUUGGCCUUGGAGUGAGGAUCACCAGUGUAGCUACUGGUGGUCGGCAUACUCUGGCUUUGUCAGAUAUAGGACAGGUUUGGGGUUGGGGAUAUGGAGGCGAAGGGCAGUUAGGAUUGGGUUCCAAGAUUAAAAUGGUUUCAGCUCCUCAUCUGAUACCUUUCCUUGAAUCACCUGGCUCUGGAAAAGAAAGAUCUUUUGUGUUGCAUCAUGGGACAGCAGCAACAACGUCAAGAGUUCCUGGUCAGUAUAUAAAGGCGAUUUCGUGUGGAGGGCGUCACAGUGCAGUAAUUACAGAUGCUGGAGGAUUAAUAACUUUUGGCUGGGGACUCUAUGGACAGUGUGGCCACGGAAACACAAAUGAUCAGCUAAGGCCCAUGGCUGUGUCAGAAGUGCAGAACGUAAAGAUAGAAAGCGUAGCAGCUGGAUUGUGGCAUACUAUUUGCAUCUCUUGUGAUGGUAAAGUGUUCUCCUUUGGUGGAAACCAAUUUGGACAACUGGGAACUGGCACUGAUCAUGCUGAGACCAAACCGAGGUUGCUGGAUGGUCAGAACAUGGAGAACAAACGUGCAAUAGCAGUUAGCUGUGGAGCGCGACAUAGUGCUGUUUUAGCAGAUGAUGGUCAGUUGCUAUGUUGGGGAUGGAACAAAUACGGGCAGCUGGGUCUAGGGGACACGAUUGACCGGAACAUUCCUACACAAGUCCAGCUCGAUGGGUGCAGACUGAGAAAAGUGGCCUGUGGAUGGUGGCAUACGUUACUACUAGCUGACUCGCCCACUUGAGUUUGCCAAAACCAAUUACCAUAUCCUCAAUAGACACAUUUUCAGGGUUUCAUUUCUUGGUGAAAGAGAUGCUCGUAGGUGUCUGAUAGAAGCUGUAUAUACAGAAUAUGUGCUGUAUGUGUCUCUUCUUCAAUCUUUCACUGUCUUUUUAAGUUUUUAUUAAGGGACAGAGCUUUACUUUGACUUUGCAUUGUAUUAUAUGGUGAAUUUGCGAAAGAGAGACAAUAAAACAGCUUUGGUAUGAAAGAAUCUUAGGUUUUCUUUGGAUUAAUGUAAAACAGUUGGAUAGUACCAA